UUUGGUCCUGACCGCUCUCCGUAACGCUGCCCUCUCUGCAGUUGUUGUAAAAGAGGUGGGUCUCACUCCGCUAAAACACAAACUGAAGUCAGUACAGCCAGCUUGAGGGUGUUGGGGGAGGUUUUUUUUCUGUCUGUUCUAACUAAAUGGUGCAAAAACUAGUUUUUGUUUCUUUGCGGUAAGCGGCGCAGACGUGUUAAACAGGACAAAGAGUCUGAUCGUUUGCUUGUGGACAGUGACAGCUAGCAGUCAGCUAACUUUAACUGCAAGCAGCGGCUAAAAAUAUUCUCCUGCUAAGUGACCUGAGGUGGGCACCGCUCAACAGCAGCCGGCGGGGAAACCAAGUGGUAUUAUAAAAAAAAAGUAAAGCAUCAUGGGCAACACAAGUGACAGGGUGGCCGGUGAUCGCCAUGGCACCAAGGCCCAUCGCACAGACAGUGGAGGAAGUUCCAAAGACCAUGAACCCAGUAGCAAGAUGGUGGACAGCACAGAUGACCCCAACACCUUCAACACCCACGGGCCUGAAACUAAGACAUCAGGAGAGAAAGAAUUCACCCCAGAUAUGGAUGACCUGGUUAAAACUGGUCCUCAGGCUCGACCCACUGUGAUCCGCUGGGCUGGAGGUGGGAAGGAGGUCUGCAUAGCUGGUUCUUUUAAUAACUGGAGCACAAAGAUACCACUAAAUAAAAGCCAUAAUGACUUUGUAGCAAUUCUGGACCUGCCUGAAGGAGAGCACCAGUACAAGUUUUUUGUAGAUGGACAGUGGGUGCAUGAUCCCUCAGAGCCGGUAGUAACCAGCCAGAUGGGCACCAUUAACAACCUGAUCCAUGUGAAAAAGUCUGACUUUGAGGUGUUUGACGCCCUUCAGGUCGACUCCUUGGAGUGCUCCGACACGUCAGACCUGUCCAGCUCCCCUCCUGGCCCAUAUGGACAAGAGCAGUACAGCUUCAGACCUGAGGAACACUUCAAAGCCCCACCCAUCCUCCCACCUCACUUGCUUCAAGUCAUUCUCAACAAGGACACCAAUAUAUCUUGUGACCCUGCCCUGCUUCCUGAACCCAACCACGUCAUGCUAAAUCACUUGUAUGCGCUUUCAAUAAAGGAUGGAGUAAUGGUCCUGAGUGCGACUCACAGAUAUAAGAAGAAAUACGUCACAUCUCUGCUUUACAAGCCUAUUUAAACCUUAACUCGGGUGCUCCCCAGUGCUUUCAGCAGCAUGUUUGUAAUCGGCUGUUUUAUUUUGUUUUGUUUUUUUUUUUGUUUUAGUGUGUGUAUUUGUCAGUUACAUUUAGCCAAAUCUUGCACUGAAACAAGUUUACAGAUGAGCUAGAGGCCCGUGGCUGUGACUUGGGUUUUAAAGAGGCUGCACUUCUGUCUACAUAGGGCUCUAAACAAUAGUAGCGAAGUGUGUGUGUGUGUGUGUGUGUGUGUGUGUGUGUGUGUGUGUGUGUGUCAGGAGUUGGAGAAAGCAAUGAGAACCAUACUGUGGCUUUUACCUGUGACAUCUGCAGACAAAUCAGAGACUGAGUAAAUCACUAUGUGUAUUCGAGUGUUUGCUGCAUUUUUUAAUUCUAUUGUUUUUUUCUGGGGUGCAGAUCCAUGUUACGUGUGACUUUUUUCAGGUAGAGGACCUGUGAAUGAUAUGUUACAUAGGAUUCUGGGUUUUGAAGGUGUUUUUAAAUCAAGAGUUUGAAUUUAAUCAGUGUUGUGUGAUCGUAUUUGCCUUUCCACUGGUUCUGUUAAGCUUUUAACUGAGUAAAUGCUGAGUAUCAAGAUGAAUUAAACUGACCUGUAGUCAGGGUCAACAGGCUGAGACAGAGAGCAACAAAGUUAGUAUUGCUUGAAGUUAAAGUGCAAUAAAAAAGAGAAAGGAAAUACUAAAAUUUAGCUCAACCCAGAAGUAUGUUUAUUCUUGUUUAGGAAGCAGCAGGCACAUAAACUGUUGCAGUGACCUGGAAACAUCCUUGUUUUUGAAAGAAAAGCAAAUUUCUUUUCAUUUAAUGGAACUUGAAAUUAAUCAGAAAUGAUUAAUCAGUUAAUGGUUAAUUAAGUUAUGGUUGCUUAUUUUAAAGGACCUUUUCACAUAGCUGUACAGAGGCAUAUUUUCAGAAAGAGACCUUUUGGCACCCCUCUGACAAUCUCUGGUCUCUAAGGAAUUAUGUAUGGCCUAACUGGUUGGCAAGCGGUUGCUGGAACUUGCUGGUUGUUGCAAAAAUACCACCGUAUGAUUAAUUUGUUCACAGAUUACCACAGUUGCCCAUAGUUUGCAUUCAAGAUGUAAAUUUUCUUUUACUUUGAAGGCGAACAUUCUCUGAUUCCAUUUUGUGUCGCGCUCUUCCACACAAACUAUGGGAAACUGAGCCAGUCCGCUAGCGACUAAAGCAAUCACAAGAAGGUUUUCGGUGCGGCACUGUAUACCUCUUUGCAACCCAUUUCACCCAACGACAACAAGCAACUUUCCACAACCACUCACCAACCGAUCAGGGAAUACACAUUAUUCACUAGCGACCAUUGGCUACCAUGGAAUCACUGACCAGUUUUUGGCGUGUAUGACGGGCUUAGCAGGCGAUUUCACAGCGACUGCCAGCAUUUUUCCCCUAACGACCAGCAGUCGCCAACCGGUCUCUAGGCCUGUGUAACAGAGGCCUGACGUGAUCAGUCAGCCUUUUUAAAUUCAUGAUAAAUUUACAUUAGUGAAUAUAGUGUGCCAUUCAAACAAAAGUGAAGGUUCAUGAAAAUGGGCCACCAUGCCUCCAUUAAAAAGAGGGAACUUUAUUUAUGAAAAAUCAAUGUAUUAAUCAUUAAUUUUCAUUGUAUUAGCUGAAAAAUCAAAAGUGAUUUUCUUUCAAAAACAAGGACAGUGGUGAUCCCAAACUUUGGGUUGUAGUGUUGAUAAUUUAUAACCCACAAGAGUUUGACGCUGCCUCUUGUUGUUCAGUGAAGUCUGUCAUGUACAUUUCAGUUCAUGGUAAUGUUCUGGUCACUGUAGGUGGAGUACUCAUCUGUUUUAACAGGGAAACCCACUUUCCACACAGGGAGUGAUUGGUCAAAGGUCACUUAAUUCUGCUGUUGCCUUGAUAUAAGUAUUUGAGCACUUUACCGUUCUGUGAGCAGGAGUGUUGAUGUAAGCUUUUAACUAUGCAGCAGACAACUCAUGUACUGUAGCUUCUCUGGACUACAGGAUAUAUUUAGUCUAAUUAAGAUAUUUUGCUGUGCUUUGUGUGUAUCUGUAUGGAGUUGUAUUUAUCGAACAGGAUCAUAGGAAUGUACUGUAUCUGUUACAUGUACUGUAUAGUCGUAAACAGAGGCCUGUACAUGCAAACAAUUUCAACUUGCUGCUUGGUAUUGACCAUCUGCCCCUUAUGAUGAUACAGUAGUGAUAUAACGCACAUUUAGAAGGUAAAUGAACACACCUCAAACAGUAGUCAGAGGCACAUUACCAGAUGAAUCAACAGGGCUGUAGAGAUGAACUUAAGUGUACAAAGUUUGCUUACACGUGUUCCUAAA